AUGAAUUCAAAUGUUGGACACAAAUGUGAAAUACAGUCAACGGACUCUUCAAAUAAGUAUUUAUUGAUUUUCGUGAACUUCAGUCUCAAUAAUGUGGACGUCCUUUGGAUUGACUACUCGGGCGUUGAGAAGAAAUAUAUUACAUUGAAUAGCAAACAACAGUUUCGUAUUAAUACUUAUUUGACACAUCCAUGGAUUUUCAGAGACAGUCUAACCAAACAUCGUCUUUGCUUUGAUAUAAAAUAUUUACCACUUAAUAGCAAUGAAAACAAAACUGAAGACUCAAAGAGUAAUCUCAUAUAUGUGGCAAAUGAUAUGCCUCGACAUCGGGUCGCUGUCCUCUAUAUUUCACAGCCUUUCUAUACAUUAAGAGAGUUGUGCUUUCAAUCUAUGCGUCAAAAGAUUGGUUCCAAAGAAGAUGUUAACUCAUUAGAGAUCCCAAAAGUUUGUCGUAAUUAA